GUUCGUUGCGCAUAGCGUCCACGGGUGCCGCAUGAUGUCACUGGGCGCCAUGGCAAAACUUGGGCCGGCCUUUCCAAACGGCUCGGGUUCCGUGAACGAGACCUACAUGAGGAGGCUGGAUUGCGCGAACGACCGGCAAUGGUCCUCCUUCCAGCGGCUGCUGAUAGGCCGCUUUCGACUUGGGCGGAUUGCCGAGGAUGAGCAGUUGCAAGCAGCGGCGGAAGCACUUCUUGGGCCCUUGGACCACCAGACACGGAGCUUCUUCCAGCAAGGCAGCUCCAGCUUCUUGGCCAAGCUCCUGGGCCUGCACGGCAGCUUCUGCUUCCCGGGCUACGUGGCGGCCUGCUGGGUGCGCCUGGUGCGCUUGGCGAGUCAGGAGGACCCGCAGCUUGAGGCGGAUGCCCAGCACUGCAGCAGCAUCUUCGGGAAGGAGGGCUCCUUGGACCUUCUGAGCUCCACGAGUUGGCCCAUCCAGCUGCUGGACGUGGAGAUCUUCAUGCGCCGCUGCCCUGACAGCGCCUUCGGCUCUUUGCGCGGGGAGAGGCACGCCUACACCUUUCGGGAUCUCCGGGAGCACUGGCGAACAAGGCGGUCAGCCUCGAGGCUCAGAGUUCGUCACUCCGUGGACCCCGAGGGCCUUAACCGCCGCGUGCAGCGUCCGCUGCGGAGCCUUCGCAUCACUUCGGUCUUCGGCGGUCACUGCUCACUUUGGCUAGAGCCUCUCUACACGCUUCAGGUCUUAUUUCCUGAGGUGGUGAAUCCUCUCCUUGCCACCUAUGACGAAGACCGGUGUUCCGAUCGCUUUGCGGUGGAUUUGCCUGUGGCACACCUGAAACGCUCCGGCCAAGAUGCAGCACUAACACAGGCCGAUGUCCUGAUUUGCAUGUGGGUCUCGGAGUGCACGCGGCUGAGAGUUCACUACUCCAAGCCGGUGAUUUUUUACAGCGGCUUCCUACUGCUGACCGACCAGGCCUUCCAGCCUGGCCACGCCUGGUGGGAGCCUCUGCCCUUCUUCUGGGACCGCGUGAAGCAGCUCUACGCCUGCGACGCAGCCGAAACGCCGGCCGACGGAGGUCCACCCUGCGCGGUGGUCUUUGAAGAACGGCAGCUGGCAGCAGCGGCCCAUUGGCAAACCGGUGAGCAGCGGCCCUUUGUCCGGCCGUUAUCACUCUACGUGCAAUGCAGGCAUGACCCACUGAACGCUCGUCCUGAAGUGCUGGUGGUGAAUCGCGGCCGCUUGGUUUUGGAUGGCUUGUUCACGGAGGCGCUCAACGCCAUGCGCCACGCAUCCUACCCCUAUGGAUUUACGGAUCAGCUGGAGGGCAUGGCGUUUCAGUCCAUGGCCUCGUUCCAUAUGGCGGUGCUGCUUCCAUGGGAUCUGAACCUCGUGAUGUUCCACGACCUCUACGCCAUGGCGUUGCCGCUGCUUCUGCCGGACAAAGCCGGGCUCCACCACCGCGCCUUUGUCUACCUCUCCAGAUUUCAGAAGUCGAACCUUGGACCCUUCAAGGAGUCGCUGCACCAAGGCGGAUACGAAUUUUCUCCUUUUGAUUUUGAGUACCUGGAAGCGCGAGAAUACUGGUUGGACUUCACAGAGUACCUGACUGCUCCAGAGGUUCAACACUUCUCGAGCUUACCCGACCUGCUGCUGCAAGCUGUGCAGCUGGAUACUUCCCGAAUUCAUCGGCAGAUGCGGGCAUACAACGCGCAGUGCUUCCAACGGAGUCACUCCUUUUGGUCGAAGGUGCUGGGCAUCCUCGGCGCUUUCCCGCAAGAGACCUGGCUCGGGUGUGGCUCUGCGCAUCCGCUGGACAGCGAGAGUGUUGUGGAGUCUCCGUUGGAUGUGUCCUGGACGGCGGAGCCCCCCAGCAAGCUGCAGCCUUGGCUGAUCCUUGGCGGAGCAUUGGACGGCAGCUUCGUGAGCUACGUGGGGAAAGGCAACCACACGACCAACACGGCGGCCUUUGGGCGCUUGUCUCUGCCCGAGCGGCUCGAGCUUGAGAUGGUCACCGGAGCCUUCCACUGGAAGGUGGUUCAUCUUAUGAGCUGUACUCAGCGUCAGCACAUCCGCUGCAUCCUCUUGCUUCUAGAUCCGCGCUGGGAAUUUAUAGGCGGGCACCUGUUCUCGAUGCUGGGUCCGGAAAAGGGUCUGUCGCAGGCUGGCCUGCGGCUGGCGGUGUGGCGGAUGCGGCGGUGCUUGGUGCUGCUGCCUUUGCCAGGUGUUGAGAAGCUGAUGUCCCACCACCUCCCAGGCCUAGGCAUCACCAAGACACGGCUGCCCCGACCUCGUGGGGUGCCACGGCGGGUUCAACGUCUCCUGACCCGCGCGGCGGUGCGACAGCACUGGCGCCAGUUGGCGCGGCUGAAAAGAAGCGGCAGUCGGGUCAGGUGGCCUUUAGAGGAUGGGUCCAUUGCAUCGCCGGGCUGGCCGGGCACCGAGCGCAUGCAUGAUCUGUGGGGUGAGGAAUGGCGCUUCGGCACCUUCAAGGAUCCCAACGCCAUCAGAGAGGUGAAGUUCUCGGGGGAGAGACGAAGGUGCAAGCAUUGCUUGAUCUACAAGCCCGACAGGUGUCACCAUUGCCGAAUAUGUCAUUGCUGCAUACUGAAAAUGGAUCAUCACUGCCCCUGGAUCAUGAACUGCGUGGGCUUCAGGAACCACAAGUAUUUCUUCCUGCUUGUGAUCUACUCGAUUCUGAGCUGUGGUUUCAUUGCCCUCACGAUCACCGAAACCAUCGUCCAGUCUUUGGAGCAGGAGCUGCCAUUGAGCCAUCGCUUCCUCCUCAUGCAAUGCUUCACCACCGCCUCGAUCAUGGGGGCUUUGCUGACGAUCUUCGCAGGGUUUCACGUGAUGCUGAUGCUCAGAGGCCUUACGACCAUCGAGUUUUGCGAGAAGAUGUCCAUUGUGGCGAACAACAGCAAAUCCUCCAAGUAUGAUCUUGGCCUCUACCGCAAUGUUACCGCGGUGGUUGGGCCGCGGCCGUGGCUGUGGCUACUUCCACUGGAUCCGCCGGUCGGGGACGGCCUCCAAUUUGAUCUCACGGCACUGGCCUCGGAAAGCUAG